CGCACCAUGACGCGCUUCCGCCCGUGUAUAGACCUGCAUGCCGGCAGCGUCAAGCAAAUCGUCGGCGGCACGCUGAGCACCACAGCACCCGACGAGCUAAAGACCAAUUGGACAUCGUCGCACCCAUCGGCAUUCUACGCCGACCUCUACAAGCAGCAUGCCCUAACGGGCGCACACGUCAUUAUGCUCGGCCCAGGCAACGAGCAAGCCGCGCAAGAAGCGCUCGAGGCCUGGAAAGGCGGCAUGCAAGUUGGCGGUGGCAUCACCGAGAAGAAUGCCGCAGAAUGGAUUGACAAGGGCGCAGACAAAGUAAUCAUAACAUCGUACCUGUUUCCCUCGUCAACCCUCUCCAUGGACCGUCUACAGGCCGUCCUACGCGCCCUGGACAACGACAAGUCCAAGCUCGUCAUUGAUCUUUCGUGCCGGCGGAAAGACGACAGGUGGUUCGUGGCUACAAACAAGUGGCAGACGAUUACCGAUUUUGAACUCAACAAAGACUCAAUAUCGCUUCUUGAGCCGCACUGCUGUGAAUUCCUGAUUCACGCUGCUGAUGUCGAGGGCCUGCAGCGAGGCAUUGACCACGAGCUGGUUGAAAAGCUGGCAGAGUGGUGCAGCAUACCCGUUACCUAUGCAGGCGGCGGCCGCUCAAUCGAGGAUCUGGAACUCGUCAAGAAGCUGAGCAACGGCAAGGUCGAUCUUACCAUUGGCAGUGCUCUGGACAUUUUCGGCGGCUCCAGCGUCAAGUUUGAAGACUGCGUCAAGUGGAACCAGGCACAGGAAGCAUGAGCUGUUAUACGUAGCUUGAUACAGCAGCCCUCCACGUCUGGCGAUGAGACAACAACAAAAAAAAAGCAUGGCAAGAAAGCAACAUGACACUACUACUACUACUAACACGGACACGCAAAACUCCAGUCCCCUUGAA